CUCGUUUCCCUGGCGACGGCGUUUAGGCUCGUGGUCCCCGCCGCCCAUGUAAACAAACCACUCGCUCCUUCCUUCCCGGGAGUCGCGGUCGAGAAAAGAAAAUUAUGGGUCUUUUAACGGAUCCUGGCAUGGAACGCAGUCGUCUACCUGCUAUACUAGAGAAGCAUCACAGACCAAUUUGCAUUGUGUUAUAUGUAGUGGGCAUAAUUUGGUUUGUUGUCCUGGCACACAAUGCCUUCAAUCAUGGAACAUAUUUCUCCGAGAAUGCUCUUCUUCCGGGAUUGGUGCAAGGAGAUUUCCACAGUGACUCCUUGGCCACACAGUACCUGGAGAGUUUGAAGGAGGAGGCAGAGAAGCACACCUCUGGAAUGCCAUAUUCGUGGCUAGGUGGUCAGUUCACACAGCUGGGCCUGGACACAUUUACUCAUAACUUUACCUUGCAUUACCCACUGGGUUCAGAAAAAGUUUUUACUGGUAAAAAUGUUUAUGGUAUUCUAAGAGCUUCUCGUGGGAGCAGCACAGAGGCUGUAGUCGUCUCAGCUCCCUAUAGACCACCAACAUCACUCCUCCAGGGGAAUGCGCCCUCCAUUGCCCUUAUGCUGGCAAUGGCUAGCUUUUUCUCAAAGCAAGUGUACUGGGCAAAAGACUUGAUCUUCCUGGUGACUGAACACGAGCAGCUGGGAGCUCAGGCAUGGCUUCAGGCAUACCACCGCACACAAAGUGGAGCAGGUGUUCUAGAUCAUGGAGAUCUUGAAGGCAGGGCUGGGGCUAUUCAGGCUGCCAUAAACUUGGAGAUCCAUAGCUCUCAAGUGAGUCAUAUUGAUGUGAAAGUGGAAGGACUGAAUGGCCAGCUUCCAAACUUGGACCUGUUCAACUUAAUACAUCGCCUUUGCCAGAGAGAGAAUGUCCACCAUACCUUCAAGAACAGGGGGAACCAUCCUCAGCCAGAGACCUUCCAUGGCUGGCUUCACCAAGUAGGCACACUCUUCUCCAUGAUCUCCUCACAAGCAUCAGGUGUUCCCACAGGAAACCAUGGAUUAUAUCACAGGUAUGGCAUUGCUGCAGUGACACUGGAGGGUCAGCACAGCACGCACCACCCUCGUAAUCGGCGGAACGUGUCCUUCCAGCAGUUGGGGCGGGUGCUUGAGGGCGUGUGCCGCUCUCUGAACAACCUGCUGGAGCGAUUCCAUCAGUCCUUCUUCUUCUACCUCCUGCCGGCCACUAAUCGAUACAUCUCCAUCGGUGAUUUCAAUUCUGCUCUCUGUUUAGUUGACCAUGAACGCCUUGAAUGA